CGACAUACCCACACGAUCCCCACAGUCACAGCACACACAGCUGCUACCUGCUGGGCGGGAUGGACACAAACUGCGCGGCUACCACCCGCAUCCUCAUCCUCCGCCCGUCCGAGGCGCGGGAGGAACCGGGCUCGACAUGACGGCACGGGGGCCGCGGGAGAAAGGCCGCCCGCAGCCGCGGGUGACUGUCCGGACAGAGGCGGUGUGGGCUGCGGGUCGCUACGUCGUGCUGACCGCCCUGUGCGUCCUGUGCUACAGCAGCUCUCUCCGCGGGGAGUUGGUGCACGACGACGUGUGGGCGAUUCUCAACAACCCGGACACUCGGCCGGGCUCCCGCCUCGGAAACAUCUUCAGCAACGACUUCUGGGGCAAAAGGAUGGCGGACAACACGAGCCACAAGUCCUACAGACCGCUGUGUAUCCUCACCUUCAAGUUGAACAUCCUAUUGGGCGGAACAACGCCUCUGUAUUUCCAUAUGGUCAACGUGUGUUUGCACUGCGCCGUGACCGGCCUGCUCAUGCACAUGUGUAAAUGCUGCGUGUUUGAAGACUCACGCUUGGCUUUCAUCACCGCGCUCCUCUUUGCCGUGCACCCUGUCCACACCGAGGCUGUGUCGGGUGUCGUGGGCAGGGCUGAUGUCUUGGCCUGUCUGCUGUUCUUGCUGACGUUUCUCUCCUAUGUUAGAGGAGUGGGUGUGAGCGUAUCAGAGGACUCUCUGCCCUGCACCGUCUCUUUCUCCUCUCUGUUGCUCAGCCUUGUGCUGGGCACAUGUGCCAUGCUGGUGAAGGAGACGGGUGUCACCGUGUUCGGAGUGUGUGUGCUCUAUGAUGCCCUGGUCCUCUGCCGCAGGCCUCUCAUCAAUCACCUGUGUAGCUCUAGACUUAGCAGCCUCCUCUACAUCUGUUGCCCCUUCAUCAAACGGGCCUGCCUGAUCUCUGGCUAUGUGGUGGUCAUCAUGUCAGUCAGGCUGUGGCUGAUGGGGGGAUCCAUGCCUCUCUUCUCUGAACAAGACAACCCAGCCUCCUUCUCCCCUCAUCUGCUUACAAGGACUUUGACUUAUUCUUACCUGCUGUCGUUUAAUGCCUGGCUGCUGCUCGCCCCGAUCGUGCUUUGUUAUGACUGGCAGGUCGGCAGCAUUCCCCUGGUGGAGUCUCUGAGUGACUUCCGCAAUGUGGCCACCAUGCUGCUGGCCAUUGUGAUGGUUGCACUUUUCCUGCACUGCAUCUUCUCACUGCAGAGACAAGAGAACAGGGAGGUGUUGUUGGGAAUGUUGUUUUUGGUGUUUCCCUUCAUUCCUGCCAGUAACCUUUUCUUCAGGGUUGGAUUUGUCGUGGCCGAGAGGGUUCUUUACAUGCCUAGUAUGGGUUAUUGUAUCUUGGUGGCUCAUGGCCUGGGCCGGAUGUGUUCGGUGGUGGGCCGUUGGGGCACCACAGUCCUCAGUGUCUCCAUACUGUUGCUCCUCCUGCUCUUCUCCUGGAAGACCGUCCAACAGAACCAUGUCUGGCUCUCCAGGGAGGCUCUCUUCCGGUCUGGUAUCCAGACUCUGCCUCACAAUGCCAAAGUCCACUACAACUACGCCAACUUUUUGAAAGACACUGGUCGGCAAGAGGAGGCUAUUCACCACUACACCACUGCCCUCAGGUUAUAUCCUCGUCACGCCAGUGCCAUGAACAAUCUUGGCACUCUGACACCCUACCCAGAGGAGGCUGAGCGCUACUACAGGAAAGCACUGGACACCAACCCUCAACAUAACCGAGCCCUCUUCAACCUGGGAAACCUCCUCAAGUCCAAGGGGAAGGAGAAAGAGGCGGAGACUCUGCUGGUGGACUCCAUACGCUUCGGUCCACAUUUUGCUGAUGCUUACUCCAGUCUGGCAUCACUCUAUGCUGAACAGAGACGCUUUCCUGAAGCCAAUGACAUAUAUCGUAAAGGCAUAGAGAAUUGUCCAGACAACUCUGACCUGCAUAAUAACUAUGGAGUGUUUCUGGUCGAUACAGGAGAGGGAGAGCAAGCAGCAGCUCACUACCAGCGCGCAGUUCGACUCAAACCAGCACACUAUGUUGCUAUGGUGAACCUGGGCCGCCUGCUCCGGUCGUCCAAUGACAACAAAGCAGCAGAGUCUUGGUACAAAAGGGCGCUGCAGGUGACGAGGAAGGUGGACAUCCUGACGCCACUUGGAGCACUGUAUUACAACACGGGCCGCUAUGAGGAGGCCCUGCAGGUGUACAGAGAGGCCGCCGCCCUGCAGCCAGACAACACUGACAUUUGGCUGGCUCUGGCUCAGGUUUUAGCCAUGGCCAGUCGCACCACAGAAGCAGAGAAGAUGACCUUGGACAUCAUAUCCAGAGAAGGCAGCUGUAUUGAAUGUUACAGACUCCUAUCUGCCAUCUACAGCAAGCGUGGCAACUUUACAGAGGCCCUGGAUGCUCUGGAUAGGGCGCUGCAGCACAAUCCCAGUGAUCUGACAGUGAGAGCAGAGCUUUAUUUCUCCAAAGGAAACCAGCUCAGAGAGAUGAACCAGCUGGACCAAGCCUUUGAGAGCUAUAAGAAAACUGUUGAACUCAAACCUGACCAGUCCCAGGCCUGGAUGAACAUGGGAGGGAUUCAACACAUGAAGGGAGAUUAUGCAGCAGCCAGAAUGUACUACCAGCGAGCCUUGCUUCUGAGCCCUAGUUCCAAACUUUUGAAGGAAAACCUGGCCAAGCUGGACCGGCUAGAAAGGAAACUGACAUUGGGGGCAUAGACCAGGAGGAGAGCACUGCCCAGUCCUCUGGAGCCAAAAUACCAGCUACCGGAUUGCAAGGACUUGAUGAACUUGUCGGUACGAGACUGGUCGAGUCAUCUGCCAGUUGCCUUUUGUGGGUUAAUCAGAGAGUAAUGGCUGUUUGAUGACCACUGGGAACUUGUCUGCAUCACCUUUACUUCAAUAUGCUUAAGACAUUUGUGUUUAAUUGAUAUACAAUUUUGGUUCACAGAAAGUCACUUCUUUUAUGCUACUUAAUCAUAGAUUAUAAUUUAGUCUUCUGUUUUGCCUAUGACAUUAGUGCUGAUCAACAUAAUGUUGAUGUUUUUGCAGAAUGUUAACAUGUAGGGAAGGAAGUCCACUCUUCACCUUUGGGAAUAAGAGACGUGCUUGCAAACGGAGCUACGACUCAGAGCUUUUGGCCUAGUGGUUGGCCGUAUGCACUGGCUGCAGGUUCGCAGCCCGGCCAGUGCAGUAAAAUCAACAUCAACAACAAAGAUAGAGACAAGCUCUCUCCAAAAUCGCUCACUGCCCCUUUAACCACUAAGUCAAAGUCUGCCGCAGCCUCCUGAGAGAGGAACAUUUGUCACAUGAUAACAGAUCUUAGGUCAGACAGGGGGAGUCAGUAGAUGGCCAAAGAACAGUUCAGGAGGCUAUAUUCACAGCUGUGAUAAAGUCAUUAUGUGUCUAUUGCAGAAUUUUUUUGUACUCUUUGGUAACAUAUGGCGAUUUUAGUAUUUUUUCAUUUGGUAACGUGUUUGUGAUCGAAGCUUUCCCACAAAGGAAUCAGAAAAAGGUCACCUUAUGCAGCAACUAAGUGAGUUUGAUGAAGUUUGUACAUGCACCUGUACACAUUGUAUUCAUGAAGUGGAAGUGAGCAAUUUACAAAAGGUUUGUGUUUAGAGUGUGAUGAGUCUGGUGGAUCUGACUAAAUUUAUUGUUUUGUAAAUAA